CCAACAUUUUCUCUUACACGGGUGACUGUGAAGCGUGAUGGAUCAUUUCGGUGUCACACUUGACCAGGGCUGGAUAAGAAGAUGCCAAUCCACGUUGAGAAGUUCAAAAUACCAGCUGAACAUAUCUGUGCUUCUUUCGAUCGCCUUCAUUGUGUGUUCGUCUAUUCGAUAAAAGGUAACUGGCUUCAACGCGGUGUGAGUACGUCUUCGGUCAAUCCCAUUCCUGAGUCCGUCUGGUAUGAGGCUGAGCCUGUCAGUGGAAAUAAUGAUGGGAGAAGAACCGAAGUACAUGGUGGUGGUCAUGAAUACCGUGUCGAACGUACUAUGAACACCAGUACAUUGGCCCAACUCAUGGCUGACCAAAAUGCCAGUCCGACAUUUUCUCUACUGGCCAAUGUUACACAGCAUAGGAAGGGCUUGCCAAAUUAUUACAUUCAUGGGUUGAGAUCUGGAAUGGGAGAGGAUUACGCUAAGUGCAACAUUGCUUUUGUGCACCUUCAUAAAGCAGGUGGGACAACCACUAAGGCGGUAUUGAGGAAGGUGCGUCAAAAAGCAAGAAUGGGUACAGUCAAAAUGUCCAACCGUGUAACUACCAGCGCAUUUGACCACUUCCUCCAGAAGGGACGUACACCCAAGCCGACACUCUUCUGGGGAGGUUUUAGCUUUGGCAUAUGUGAUGUAUUGCAUAAGAGGCCCUGUUCAUACAUGACAGUUCUUCGUAAUCCGUAUGACAGGAUCAUUUCGUCGUACUUCUUCUGUUUUACAAAACACUCAUCACGUCUGUGCGGACCAGUGAGACCCAAAGACGUGUCCAUCACUGCUUGGGCGAUUCAUCAAGGCAGUCACUUCUUCAAUCUAAUUCUUGUGCACCCGGACACUUGCAGGAAUGACUCCAGUUCCGAUGAGUACGUAAAACUCUAUCAGGAUCACACGAAAGAUAUCAUCCCAUACGUGCAUCGGCACGAGGACACGUGCUGGUUUCGACAAAAAGCUCUUCAUAAAGAGGCCUUAACAAAAGAGCAGCGUCGUGCACUUCUACACUAUAUCCUUGAUAACCUAGAGAACUGGUUCGCGGUAAUAGGAAUGUUGGAGGACUAUCAGGUAUCUCUAGAGCUCUUUGGAGAAGCUUAUCAAAUGAAUUUUACAGCUGAAUAUUCAGUUCCUCUUCACACGGGCAGAGCCAGAGUAAAAGAGGAAGAUACGACAAUCAAACAAAUGAAAAUUGACUUACAUACCUGUACUUAA